CAGGUGGGAUGUUUGGCUUGACGGCUGACCUACAGGGAAAAAAGUUGGUGAGCCGCAACGGGAGUCCGUCAUCACCGCCGUCGGUCUUUCUUCCAUCUUUUCCGUCCAACAACCAACGCGACGUCCUCUUUGCGCACCGUGUCUUUUUUCGGUUUUUAGCUCCUUGUGAUAUAUCGCCUUUCUUUUCGCUUUUAGUACCCAGCUUUUUCUCUCAGCUAUCAGCCAUCAUGUCCGGUCGUGCAGGCGGUGGAGCUGCUCGCAAGACGUUGCUCGCGCCGAUUCAUUUUAUCUUCAAGCUCCUCCAGCAGCGGUCGACCGUUUCCAUCUGGCUUUAUGAGCAAUUGGCGUUCCGGAUAGAGGGCAAGAUUCGAGGAUUUGACGAGUUCAUGAACCUGGUUAUCGACGAUGCGGUGGAAGUGAGAUUGGCUACCAAGACCGAGGAGGAGAAGCGGAGGCCAUUGGGCCAGAUCUUGCUCAAGGGUGACAAUGUGUCUCUGAUCCAAGCCGUCCAAUGAAUGUAAUAGAGAAAAGAAGACCCGAGUUUCGCUGCGAUACGAUAAUGUCCUUUUGUUCCUAAUAAUCGAUUCUACGGUCUAUGUCGGAGGAGGACGAUCGAAGCACAUCAUAUACACAUAGGAAGGGAAGCUAUCUACACGAAAAGAUUCCGUUUUUCUGGUCGUAUCAGCGUUGGCGGACGAAGAACUUUCCAUCACCGACAACGAGGGCAUCGAUAGGCCAGUCAUGAUGUGUAACGGGGAUUUCUUCGGACGGGGGAAGCAUUUGUUCCUGGAGGGCGAGGGCAACUGUGAUAAAGUGGAGUCAGAGGGUGUUUUCUGUCUGUUUUUGCUCGUUUUUCUUUGAUACGAAUUGUUCCAUACUACGGCGCAAGAGGUUUUCUUACCAAGAAAAGGCAUUUUGGGUGCUCCUGCUACUGUUUUGCCAUCUGCCGCUUUAGUCGAAUACCUGGUCAAAAAGUGAUCAUAAUAUCCUUUCCCGUGACCUAGUCG